AUGACAGCAUCGGGUGUGUUAGUUUCCCUUGCAGCAUGUUUUCCAAUAGUUUUUGGUCAGUUUCAGUAUGGUUCCUAUUCAGGUGAAACUCAAGAAAUCGUCCCCUGCUACGGACAAGAGAUGACCAAUGGUUCAAUCCAUAUUGGAAGAAUACUGUACACUUCAGAACAAAUUUACAACAAUGAUCAGAUUUACGAGGGAACGUCCAGCAACCUGGAUUGCUCGUUUAACAGCCACAUUGCAAGUGACACAGUAGGGUUUGGACCGCGUCCCUACACAUGGACUAUUGACAGGAUUGAUCUUGUCUCCUCAGGUGGUGUGGAUUGCCUGGGCGGUGGAGUUGGGUAUCCAUGGUACAGGUUCAGACUUUACGGCCGGGUAUAUAUCGAGUACCAAGCAACCAUAUGGAUAACCUGGAGGGGACCUUCUGCUGAAGACAUGACCAAUCCUGCAUACCUGAUCCAAUGUGUCUUCGAGGAUACCAAUCAGCUGGCCUAUCCAGCCAACCCCAUCCUAUACUGAAUCAUCUAUAGUGUUAGGAAUCACUGUUUAUUUUAUAUUUACAAUUUAUGAGAAAUAUGUUAC